AUGUUAGGACGCAUCAUCUGCCUCUUCUUCCUAAUCGGGUAUCCUAACGCCCAUGGCAAAAGCGAAUUGCCAGAAUCACCUAACUGUGGACAUCAAAUUGUGGAUUCGGGUAUGGAACUAAGAGCCACUGCCCGAGAAGGCGAAUUUCCAUGGACAGUUCAACUCAAAUACGAAGGGAAAAGCCCGUAUCGUUGUGUUGGAUCUUUAAUUAAUGACAGAUACGUACUUACGUCUGCGGUAUGUGUCACAACAAAAAAUCAACUUCCAACUGGAGCGUUGCUUGGUGUGCACGUUUUAGGCGAAGGUGAACAUAGCGAAGAGUUCGGUAUUGAAAGGAUUAUUCCAUAUGAGAGUUUUCGAACUGGAAGUAAUAAUUUCGAUGACGACAUCGCAUUGAUCAAGCUAAAUGACACGGUGAAAUAUUCAGAUUACAUAAAGCCAAUUUGUCUACCGGCGAAAGGCGAAUCGUUGGUUCAACCAGAAGAUAAGGUUAUUAUGACUGGAUGGGGAAGAGAUGUAGACAAUCAAGAAGUAAAAACUAAGAAAGUGGUAAUUCGUCGUGUUAUUACAAACGAGGCUUGUGAAUUGCAAUUCUCUAAGCACAAUGUUCACAUUGGGGAAGGUUUUAUUUGCACCGAUGGUUUGAAAGGCUACAAGGAUUAUAUAUGUUCUGGAAAUGCUGGCGCUCCUAUAGUGGCGAAAAGUGGUGGGACGUGGUACCAGGAAGGAAUCGUGUCAAUUGGUAGUAAAUGCGGUGUCGAUUUUCCGGAUGCUAAUACGAGGGUUUCCAAGUAUGUGACGUGGAUAAAUAAGCAACUGGCUCAAAGCACAGACUAA